GCCCAUAACACACCGCCAAUGGCGUCGUCCCGUAGAGUUCUUCCUGAUCUUGCUCUUCUUGUGGUGCUUCUGGUGUCAAUGGCAGCAGGUGUUGCAAUGGGUAGGCCGGCUAGAAGUGACUUGGGCCUGGGUUUAGGUGGUGGGCUAGGCAUAGGGCUUGAUCUUGGGCUCGGUGGAUCCGGUUCGGCCUCUGGUUCGGGCCAGGGGUCGGGUUACAGUGCUUGGUCGGGUCAGAACGGUGGUUCUCAUGCCGCGUCCGGCCGUGGGUCGGGCACCGGCUCCGGUUAUGGGUAUGGCUCUGGCUCUACAAAUGGGGGCUCGGCUUCCGGUUGCGGUUCGGGUACGUCGUCUUGCUCGGGUUCGGGUUCUGGCUCCGGUUCUGUAGGUUUGGGUACAUCGAUCAAUGUCGGUGUUGGUGUCGGUGUCGGCUCGAAUAGCGGGGCGAACGGUGGUCCCGACUGUAACACAGGUCCCGGGUCGAACUAUGGAUCCGGAGUGGGUACGGGUUCGGGCUUUGGGUCCGGGUCUAGUGGAGGUUCAUACCCCUCGCAUGAUUGUGAGUCAUCUGGUAUUGGGUCGGGUUCAGGUGUAUCGUCUGGGUAUGGUGGUGGGUCGAAUGUUGGGUCAAGUGGUGGGUGCUCAUCUUGUGGUUCCGGCUAUGGUGUUGUUGUUGGUGGCUCCUCGUCGAAUUCGAAUUCGGGCGCUGGUUCGGGCUCCAACUCCUAUGGAGGGUCAAACGCCGGUUCUUACUCGAAUUCUGGAGCUGGUUCCGGCUCAAGCGUAGGCUCGGGAUUUGAUUCCUCUCGCUCAGGUUCAAGUUCAUCUUCUGGGUCAGGUGCGGCUUCAUUCGGUGGAUCACGUGGCGGUUCAAACUCCAAUUCUGGUUCUACGUCGGGUGCAAACUCAGGGUCAAACUCUGGUGCGUUCGGUGCAUCAGGUAGUGGAUCAAACUCCAUGUCGGGUGCAAACUCGGGUGCGUUCGGUGCAUCAGGCGGUGGAUCAAACUCCAUGUCGGGUUCAGGGUCAAGCUCUAGCUCCGGCUCUAUGUCGGGUGCAAACUCUGAUGCUGGUUCGAGCUCUGGUGCGUUCGGUGCAUCAGGCAGUGGGUCAAACUCCAUGUCGGGUUCAGGUUCAGGUUCAGGGUCAGGCUCCAACUCUGCAUCCGACUCAAGCUCAGGGUCUACGGGAUUUGGUUCUAGCGCGGGCGCCGGUUCUAGCUCGACCGCCUGGUCCGGCGCCGGUUCAGGUCCGAACCCUGGCUCGUUCUCCGGAGCAGGAUCCUCCAGCUGGUCCAGCUCGACGUCCGGCUCAACCUCGGGAGCAGGGUUCGGUCCCGGGGCACGGCCGGGCUUCGGCGUGGGCGGAGGAGGAGCAGGGUACGGCGCGGGUUACGGGUCCGGAGGCGGGUCUGGCUGGGGCAAGCACCACUGAAAACUGAUGCUCCUCGAGUGAACAAGUGAUCGUUCGCGUGCCCUUUGAGGCCUUCUUCACGCGUGAUAUUUUUCCUUUGUUUCUGGUUGGGUUGGUGUAAGCAUGCACCAUUGUAUUGUAGUACGUCUCGUGGACGACUUGUCAUUUCUUUCAAGUGGAUCGUUGCAGACAUCAUGUGUUUGCGGAGAACAAGUCAUGGGAAAGUUGAGCGAAA